UUUAUCCAAUCACAACUCACACGAAGAAAUUUUUGUUCGUCACUUGUGAACUUGUCCGAUCUGAAACAGCCCUCGAAGGAAAGCGAGCGACGGCGUCUUGUCUCAGUCGCAGGCGACGAGAUGAUCGCCUCCGUCGCCUUCUGCUUUCCUGCGCCAUCCUUCUCCUCCACUGCUCACUGCCCUCGCUCGCUUCCUUCGCUCAAGGUCGCGACCCGGAAAGCAAAGAAGUCGACAUCGAGGACACUGGAAAGGAGUCGCCGCGAGACUGGAGGGAGGAGGAGAAGCGGCGUUUGCAGGGCGGAGCUCCUCCAUGACGCCCCUUUCGCCUUCGCUAUCGGCGCCUGUGUGCUUAAUUCGCUUAUAUUCCCGGUCCCGGCCGGCGAGUCGGAAGACGAGGAAGGAGGUGGAGGAAUUGAUUCGACGGAUACGAGGUUCGCCGUGAUGGGAAUCAUCAGCUUCAUCCCUUACUUCAAUUGGCUGAGUUGGGUGUUUGCUUGGAUGGAUAGCGGAAGACAACGAUAUCUGGUCUACUCUAUCGUCUACUUGGCUCCUUACUUGAGAUCGAAUCUAUCAUUAUCACCUGAAGAAAGCUGGUUGCCAAUUGCUAGCAUAUUUGUUUGCAUUCUUCACAUUCAGCUAGAAGUAAGUAUUAAAAAUGGAGAUGUUCAAAGCAUCAAGUUCUUUGAUGAAGCACUAAAACAAUUUUCGCAAAUGAUAAAGAAGAGAGACAUUGAAUCCAAAAGACACCAACACCGCCCCAAGGAAGAUGACUCCAAACACAUGAGAUUACCUUCUUCGCAUGGAUUGAGAGAAAAGCCCAAGGAGUGGGACAACUCUAGGAAAGAAAAUGAAGAGUUGGAGGAUGAAAGGAAAGACAAACAAGCUAUUCUGAGACAACAAUCACUAUUUAGCCAAAGCAAGAAACAGCUACAAAUUUGAAUGGAGCAACUUGUUUCUUCAUGAUCUUUUGCAGGCAAGAUCCGCUGGUCCGCACUUUGUGGAUCAGAGAAUGGAGUACAAAAGUUUAUUGAUUGAUUUGAAUGGCAGGAUCCGCUGGUCCGCACUUUGUGGACUAGAGAAUGAAGUACAAAAGUUUAUUGGUGGAUUUGAAUGGAUCUCAUCUAUUUAACAGAUAGGAUCUAUGUAAAUCAAUCAAUCAGUAUAGUGGUUCAUCCUUUGGACCGUACUUUGCGAUUUACAGGAUCUGUUAUCCUUGAAGUGACACCACUUACUGUUCACUCUACUUAUUUAACCAUUGAUUUGGUGGACCUUAA